CCAUUAUCAUCCAUGGCGAUUAAACCGUUGUUUAUGUUAACUGCAAGAAUCCUCACAUUUUUUUUCCUACUCAUAUCACUCAUCGUCCUCGCCACAACUGAAGAUUUUAAUCAAAUUUCUGCUUAUCGUUACACAUUCUCUGCAAUUGUGAUUGGAUUAAUGUACACAUUCCUACAAACUGCCUUGACAAUAUUUCAUUUGAUCUCUGGCCAAAACAUUUGUGGAGAUGUCUUGGCUCACUUUGAAUUUUAUGGUGAUAAGGUUUCUUCCCACCUACUAGCCACUGGAGCAACAACAGGUUAUGGAAUUACCUCUGCAGCUGCCAGUCUUCUUCUGAUAGCAUUCUUCUUCUCUGCAAUUUCCUCUAUUUUUUCUUCUUUUAAUCUCCAUAAUAAUAAGAGUUGAAUUCCCAAGUAUUUUGUGUUUUGGACCAUUUUAGUAUACAUAAUUUGUUUCUUGUAACGUUAACUUUAGCGAGUAACCAUUUUAUUUCUGUGAUUAUUGUUGAAUACUGUAAU